AUGAAUGUGAGCGAUCAACGUUAUGUGCUAAAGAAAAAAGUCAAGGAGCUUUACUCGAAACAAGAGUUGGUUGGCAGGGGCGCGUAUGGGGUUGUUUACAAAGGAAUCAAUAAUGAGACAAAUCAAGUGGUAGCGAUUAAGGUAUUAAACUUGGAUACAGAGGAGGAUGAUGUGGGUGAUAUCAUUAAAGAAAUUAGCUUACUUUCACAACUUAGCGAUUCACAAAAUAUAACGAGGUAUUAUGGUAGUUUUCUACAUGGCACUAAAUUAUGGGUCAUCAUGGAAUAUGCUGCCGGUGGAAGCAUUAGAACCCUGAUGAAAGCAGGAAAGAUAGAAGAAAAGUAUAUAUCUAUGAUUACUAGAGAGGUUUUACAAGCGUUGAGUUAUCUACACAAAUGCAAAAUUAUUCAUCGUGAUAUUAAGGCGGCAAAUAUUUUAUUGACAGCUGAAGGGAAAGUACAACUUUGUGAUUUUGGUGUGGCGGGACAAUUGACUGCUUCUUCGGCCAAACGUACUUCAUUUGUUGGAACUCCCAGAUAUUGGAUGGCCCCCGAAGUAAUUACAGAAGGCGUGAAUUAUGACACAAAGGCUGAUAUAUGGUCGUUAGGAAUUACAGUUUAUGAAAUAGCCACGGGAAACCCCCCGUAUCAUGAUCUGAGCGCAAUGAGAGCGAUUCAGCUUAUACCAAAAAACAGACCUGCCACCUUAGAAGGGCCUUUCUCUCCUCCUAUAAAAGAGUUUGUAGCUGUUUGUCUCAACGAAAUUCCCGCAGAGAGACCAACUGCUGAUGAGCUGGUGAAAACAAAAUUCAUAAAGAGCGUAUCGAAACAACAAACCGGUAUUUUACGUGACCUCAUUACCGUGCAGAAACAUCGUAAAUCACGUUCUCUGGGGUCCUUGCAUCCGGACCAACUAUCACCAGUCAUAGAGGGUGAUGAACAGACGGGAUUAAUAAUAGAUAAUAGACAAAAUUCUAAGGACAAUGAAAACGAGGAUGUUGAUCAAACUGUUUUGGCACGGAAUACGACCAUUCGAUACGGACGGAUCAUAACCGAAGGACUUCUCUCGCCCUCGACACCGUUGUUUCAACGAAAAUAUUCCGAGUCUCGGCAUCCACUAUUACAGCUCUUCCAAAACGAGGAAAAACCCCAAGAUAAUCUUAUCACAAAAGAAAUCACAUCAACCGGAAGCUCUCGUAACCCUACAAUUACGAUACCGUCGGUGAAUGCUGUUAGUCUGAUGCCUACCAUGGAAGACUCGCCUUCGAAAACAGUGACUAGAGCGAAUUUUCAAGAACAAUAUUUAACUCCAAAGCCAAGGGAGAAUGGUUCAGAUUUUGGUUCUCACAAACCCUCUAUGUCUGUUUCAACAGUUUCAUCCACAGAAUCUACUGGGUCGAAGACCGACCUCUCUGAAAACUCGAUUGAAAUUGUUAUCCCAACAAAGGAUUCCUCAACACCAGCACCUAUGAUCCCAAAAGUUACCCUCCCAAUAAACUCCCAAACAGAUUUGAACGAUUCAUUGUCAUCAUCGUCUUCCAUAACAAAUCAGAAACAAAGUUCGAAAAAGGAAGAGGUCGGUUAUUUCUCGAGUGUUCACACCAACGGCCACGUGGAAUCCAGUUCAGAUAAACCAUUCGUAAAUCAAGGAUUGCUGACUCCUCCGUUGCCCAUGAUGACUUCAAAACUAAAUAAUAACGAUCCUGGGAACAUUCAUCAGUCAUAUUCUUCCUCUCCUGGAAAGAUUAAUUUCAGCAGACAUAACCCACCGGCGAGACACGGAAGUUAUGAUCUUCCCACUGACUCUUCUCAGGGUUUUGCUCUUUAUAGAUCAAGCAGUCAGGGAAAGGUUUAUCCAUCACAACCUGCGCGACGCGUAAGAUCCGCAACAACAUUGAACACAACAAAUCGAUUAUCACCGGUAGAGUCAAUGGCGGCCAAACAAAGGCAACUCCAAUUACAACAGGAUGGGAAGCUUAUAGAAACGGAAUACGCGACUAAAUAUAAUGGGAAUUUAGGUGUGACCUAUACCAGGCAACGUGCUACCAGCGUCAGUAAUAUCCAGCGGCCUUCAAACUCAAAACUUAUGCAAGUAGAAGACAUCAAUGAGGGUCCUUCUACACGUCUAUUACCUCCAUCCCCUUCCGCAUCAAAGCUUGCAUUCAACUCUAAUCCGCAGACGCAAAGUUCGCCAACGAGGCCAUUGUUUCUAAGCCAAUCAUCAACAAUACUUAACGCAGGUCCGGAGCUGAGGUCACUAAAAAUGGAUAAUUACAGGGGUUCCAGUGACAUAUUCGAGGAUUUAUCAAGGACUACUGAUGAUCUUAUACAAUGGCUGACCCUGUUAGAUGCAGGCGUUAAUCAAUUGCUGACAAGAUUUUAA